AUGGCUAGUAUUGCAUCGUCAGCGCUGAGGUCGGCGAGCCGCCUCGGCUCCAGCUCGACGCUUGCUGCGGCGCCGUUGCGCGGAAUUCGGCGGGCUGCCCUGGUGGCGGCUUCAAAGCGGCGAUAUGUGACCGAGUCCAAGAGAAACAAUGCGCAGGUCGAGACGGCAAUCAAGCUGGACAAGAAGGACUUUGUGAACAUACCUCCGCAGAUGGAGGCGGGCACGUCCGACAUCAAGGUCAGCCCGAUGGCCGAGGUUCUCAAGACCGCAGCCGUCAUGGAGGAGGGCCAGCGGCCAAUCUACCUCGACAUGCAGGCCACCACGCCUGUUGACCCCCGUGUCCUGGACGCGAUGCUGCCGUUCUACGUCGGCGAGUUCGGAAACCCCCACUCAAGAACCCACGCCUACGGCUGGGAGAGCGAGAAGGCUGUCGAGGAGGCUCGACAGCAUGUGGCGAACCUGAUUGGCGCCGACCCCAAGGAGAUCAUCUUCACCAGCGGCGCCACGGAGAGCAACAACAUGAGCAUCAAGGGUGUUGCUCGAUUCUUUGGCCGAUCCGGCAAGAAGAAGCACAUCAUCACCACCCAGACAGAGCACAAGUGCGUGCUGGACAGCUGCAGGCAUCUGCAGGAUGAGGGGUUCGAAAUCACCUAUCUCCCUGUCCAGAAUAACGGCUUGAUCAAGAUGUCGGAUCUCGAAGCUGCCUUCCGGCCUGAGACGGCCCUGGUCAGCAUCAUGACUGUGAACAACGAGAUUGGAGUUAUCCAGCCGAUUGAGCAGAUUGGCAAGCUUUGCCGUGAGAAGAAGGUCUUCUUCCAUACCGAUGCCGCUCAGGCCGUCGGCAAGAUCCCCAUCGAUGUCAAUGCCAUGAACAUUGAUCUCAUGUCUAUCUCAUCACAUAAAAUCUACGGCCCCAAGGGCAUUGGCGCAUGCUAUGUCCGGAGACGUCCGAGGGUUCGGUUGGACCCCCUUAUUACUGGUGGUGGACAGGAGCGAGGUUUGCGAAGUGGUACCCUGGCACCACCGCUCGUUGCCGGCUUUGGCGAGGCAUGCCGCGUCGCCAAGGAGGAGAUGGAGUACGACUCAAAGAGGAUCAAGUUCCUGUCAGAUCGACUGUUGAGUGGACUGCUGUCUAUGGAGCACACUUCCCAGAAUGGCGACUCCAAGUCAUUCUACCCGGGCUGUGUCAACGUUUCAUUUGCCUACGUCGAGGGUGAAUCGCUUCUGAUGGCUCUGAAGGACAUUGCGCUGUCCUCUGGUAGCGCAUGUACGUCGGCCUCGCUUGAGCCCAGCUACGUGCUCCGAGCGCUUGGAAACAGCGACGAGAACGCGCACAGCAGUAUCCGAUUCGGCAUUGGCCGCUUCACCACGGAGGCCGAGAUUGAUUACGUCCUGAAGGCGGUUAGGGAGCGUGUCACGUUCUUGCGUGAGCUCAGCCCGCUGUGGGAGCUUGUGCAAGAGGGCAUCGAUCUGAACACGAUCCAGUGGAGCCAGCACUAA